AUGUUCCGCCGGGCCCGGCUCAAUGUGCGGCCCAACGUGCGGCCCGGGGUCAGGAGCGCCGUCAGCUCCGCUAGCAGCAGCGCCGCUGUCAGCGCCGCGAGCAGCACUGCCGGCAGCGCGGCGGACACGGAGCUUCAUGCCUCGGGCUCCCCGGCAGUUACCGGGUCAGAGUCUGCGGUGGAAGCCGUGGCCGAGCCCCCGCCGGCCGCGCCGCGGGUCGAGAGUGAUGACAAGGCUGAUAGAUCGAAUGGUGCUGGAGAAGCUAGUAAACCUGCAGAGAUGCAUGUGCAGAGAAGAAGACGUAUUUCCACCGUGCCCAAUCUGAAACCUAGAGCUGGACCUUCAUCUGCUCAGCGUUUAGCAUCGAAACCACUGGGGCAGGCAUCGCAGGCUCCUGAAGGCAGUGCUUCAUUUCAGAAAGAUUCCUCUCCGUCAGAAGAGAGUAAUAUUGAAAGCUCUUUAGAGUCCCUUAUGCUGCCCGAAAAGAAAAUACCUGUACCACAAGUGCCACAGAAUUCCCCACUAAAUAAAUCAGCAAAUGAAGAGCAAACUGUAGAUGUAACUGCUCAAAAAAAUGAUGAUACCUUGCAGAAGAAUGUACCCUCCCCACUCAAGGAGGGACCAACACAGGAAAGAUCAGGAACACAGGAGAAGUUACCUGUGAAACCUGCUCGUUUAAAAGAGAAACGAGUAUGUUCUGACCGUGAAAGGGUCCUCAAAGCUCAGAAGUUAAGAGAAAUGCUUAAAGAAGAGCUGAAGAAAGAGCGGAUGUUGAAACAGAAGCCUCCAAUAAUUGAGGGGCGUUCUCCACCAGAUCGUUCUAAAAUGACCAUGAGAGACUUGAUAUACUAUCUGCCAGAAAACAAUCCUAUGAAAUCUUCAGUGGCAGAAGAAAAUAGAACAGAAAAAAGCUCUGCACAAAGUCAAAUGAAAGAACAGGAAGAGAAAAGUACUGCUGAUCAUGAAGAUGAGGAGGAGGAUGAUGAAAUAGAGAAUGGGGAGGAGAGUCAGGAUGGUUCACUUCUAGUUCCUCGUGUGAAAGUAGCAGAAGAUGGUUCAAUUAUUCUGGAUGAAGAAAGUUUAACUGUAGAAGUUCUAAGAACAAAAGGUCCAUGUGUUGUUGAAGAAAAUGACCCCAUCUUUGAACGUGGUUCUACAACUACAUAUUCUAGCUUCAGGAGAAGUUGUUACACAAAACCGUGGUCAAAUAAAGAAACAGACAUGUUCUUUUUAGCAAUCAGUAUGGUAGGAACAGACUUCUCCUUGAUUGGAAGGCUGUUCCCUCAUAGAGACAGAGCAGAAAUUAAGAACAAGUUCAAACGUGAGGAAAAAGCUAAUGGAUGGAGGAUAGACAAAGCUUUCAAAGAGAAGCGGCCUUUUGACUUUGAAUUCUUUGCCCAGUUGCUUGAGAAGGUCUUAGCAGAUGAGGAAAAGAGGAAGCAUAAGACUGUUAAAAGCCAGAAGGCAAGGGAGAAGAAGCCUCCAAGGCCUCGAAAGAAGCCAGAAGGAGCAAAAGCUGCCAGCACAGAAGCUGCUGCUGAUCAAGAUGGUUCUCAUGAAGCCAGAAUUUCUGAUGCUGUGGUGGCUGAGAAAGAAAAUGAGGAAUCGUUGGGCAUUUCUGAACAGGCAGAAGAACAGGUUGCAUUAGAGCCAGUGUUAGCAAAAAAGAAGAGGAAGAAGAAGAAAAAAGAUGAUCUUGAACAGGAAGGGGAGAAUCUUCCAGAAGAAAUGGCUGUCCCUCCAAAAAUUGCUGAAGGGAAGUCCUCUAAGAAAACAGCAGAAAAAAGUGUGGUAUGUGAUGCAAACAAGGAUGAUCAUGCUACCUGUAGAGAAGAACUGAACAAUGUUACAGAAGGAAAACGAGAUGAGACUGCUGUUACAGAGGAAGAGGGAUCAGAGUCCUGUUUACCAGUGGAUGACAUAAUGGAGAGAGAAAGUGAUGUCAACUUACACAGCUUUGAAGAUAGCAAUGAUGUUACACUAGAAAUGGAACCUGCUAAACUGAGAACCCUAGAUAUUAGAGAUGAUGUAUCACAAGAAAGCCAGAUUUCAGACUUACCAGUUUCAAAGAUCAGAAGCAAAGAAGGACAAUCUGAAGAAACUAGAGAAACAAAGAACAAAGAUGUGUAUGACUUACAUAGACAAGAUGAAAAGCAGAGUACAUCAGAAAGCCAUUCUCAAUCUGAAAUCAUGCUUGAAUAUUAUGGAGUAACUGUCACUGUUGUGGAUCCUUUGUGCAGAGAGCCUGAAAAAAAUGUAAUUGCAAAGGCAGUAGUUGGAGGGUGUCGAAAGAGAUUUAAGCCUAAUAUUACAAGAGCAUCUGGAAAGAAAGAAGAGCCUGAAAAAGAUGCAGGAAAUGAGCCAGUGUCUCAUCUACAGCCUAAGGAGGAAACUGAAAAGAGCACUGACCAGAGUGAUAGGUCUGAUGCUACCAGUGAAGAAGCUGCAGAAAAAGGUGAUAAAAUCCUUGAGACAGUGCCUCAAUCUAAUGAAACAGCUGGUUUACAACAAGAUGGCAAACAGAGUGUGCUGAAACCAGCAUCUCUAAAGAGAGGCAGAUUGCAAAGACCAAAACCAAAUCUAGGAAGAAGUGUUGCAAGACAAAAAGACCUGACAGCUGGAAAAGCUCCUGAAGAGGAGAAAACUAAAAGUGGAGAACUAGAAAAAGGUGUGAUACACCAUAAGGAUGAAAACAAUGAUCCAUGCCUUGAAAAUGAUGUGACAGGUCAUAAAUACACUCAGCCAGGCAGUGCGAUGUUAGAUGGGGAUGUUUCUACAGAUUCUGAGAUGAACUCAAUACAGGAAAAGUCCUCUGAAACAGAAAGCUGUGAAAGUGAAAAGGGAUUGGCAGAUACCUUGAAACAGGUUCCAGAUUCCAGUACAAGGGAGUCUAGUCCUCAGAAGGAAGAGGAGAAAACUGUUGUGUCAUCAGUUCAGUUACUAAAGAGUCAAUUCCAGAGACCAAAGCCAAAUUUAAAUAUGGCAACUAGUAGAAAGAAAGUGCUGGAUGUAAAUAAUACAGGUGUAUCACAGGAAGAUACCUACAUGGAAGGAAGUUUGGUGCAGUGUGACAGUGAAUGUAGCAUCCUUCCUGAUACAGAUAAUGCAGGGAAACAUCAAGUCCUGCAACCAUUAGAACUCUUAGGAAAGGAGAAGUCUGUUGGCUCUCGUGAGGUUUCUGAGAGCCCAAGCUGUAAGUCCCCAGAGAAAAUUUCAGGAUCGGAGGAUGGUGAACUCACGUCAUGUCUACCCAAAAUUAGCCAAGAUGACACCUCAGCCACUAAUGCAGACAAAAAUAGCACUGGAGAACGUAAACAAACACCUCUUCAACCUGCCCAGUUAGUACGGCGCAGAUUCCAGAGGUACAAACCAAACUUGGUAAGAGCUGUUGUAAGGAAGGAAUUACAAAUAUCAGAAAAGAAGAUGGAGAAAAAUCCUGAAGCAGAGCAGUCAGUAUUGCAAGAUGAGUCUGCCAAUACUCUCACUGGUAAAAAUGAAGCUGUAUUGUGUCAAGCAGAUGUAUUGAGCGAAGAGGAACAGAAACAGGAAGAGGUACCUCAGGUGCCCUGUAUUUCUGGAAACACAUUGUGUGAACAAAACAGUGCUGAAAAAUCCACUUCUCAAGAAGGCAAGCUGGGUGCUCUGGGAUCAGGACAACUCAUAAGGAAAACAUUUCCAAGAAUUAGACCGAACCUAAAAAGAUCUUAUAGGGAAAAAGAAUCUCCAGUGACACAAACCCUUGCUGCUCCAGUUGAGGAAGAAACAAAUAAAGGAGAAAAUCUGCCUGUGGCAGAAGAAUCUGAGGAACCUCCUUCCUCAAAAGAUGACAUGGAAGUACUGCUGUCUGUGGGGAGUUUGCCCAAGGAUAGCAAUCUAGACAUAAAUCUUAAAAGUAGGAAGUCAGAAACACUCUGUUCCUCUAAAAUGCCACCUAACUGCCACAAUAAGGCAGAACAAGAACAGCUAUCUGAAGAUACAAUAGGAAGCAUUCAGGAUACCUCAGAAAGGUCCAACAAUAAACCAAGUUCUGGAGAAGAAAGUAAACAGAGCGAUGCAAAACCGUUGCGUCAAGUGAAUGAAUCCCUUUGGCGCUCAAGGCCAAACCUAACGAGUGUUACUAGAAAAAGGGGUUAUCCUGAAGAAAGUGAAAACAGAGAAGAGGACAACUCUGAUAACAGAAAUGCAGAAGAGUGUUUGGUGUUAGAAGAACCAAGUGUGUCAGUGCUAAAAUCUAGUAACAUAGUGGAAGCUGCAUCCUUCUCAGAGACUACAAGAAAACAUGAUUUUACACACUCUGCUGGAGAAGAAUCUUGUAAGAGAAUGAGGCUGGAUAGUAGACUCCAGUCUCCAAAGAUAUCAUCAGAGAAUGAGAGUCAAGUAGAACAAGAAGAUUCUCAGCUUUCUGCCUCAAGAGAAAAAAAAACAGACAAUCUCACAAGAAGGCAGUCCAGGAGGCCAUCAAAACAGGUAGUGCUGCCAAAACAUAUCUCUGAGCUAAGAACUGCUGCCUCUCCUUCCUCUGAAUGUGAGGCUGAUUGCAGUGAGAAGGGGAAUCAAAGGCAAGACGUUAAACUGCGUGUUACUAGAGGCAAAAGUUUGAAAACUGUGCAUAGAAAGAAAUCUGGGAAGGAGCACAAAAGUUCAAAGAUAACCUUGGUGACCCUCCGGGCUUCUCAAGAAGAGGAGGAGGAGGAGGAGGCAGAUGACUUUGAGCCUGAUGAUGAAGAUGAAUGCUUUGCACCAGAAGAAGUAAACAAAGCUCCAGCGUUUGUUCCUAAAGGUCUUCGAUCUCCAAAACCUAUUCCUGUUCAGAUACAGGAAACCAUGGACGAGCUGGAAAUACCUGUGAAUAUACCAGAUGUGCAGGUGGCUCCUGAUGUUGAAAGUCUCUCUCAUGCAUCUGUCAAUCAAGUGGUACAGAGGGAGGAAAAAGAAACAACCAUACAUGAAAAUCCAGGGGUGGACAAAGGUAUUAAUGAUGGAAGCACUGAAGCUGCUAUGACUUUACUUGCAAUGGGUGAUCCAAUGUUCCAGUUAAAAGCGAGCACUGAAGAACGAACACACGUGUUACCCACUCAAGAUGAGUUGUAUGUGGCCAGUAGCUCUGCCUGCGCCAGACAAGAUAGAAUUUCUAGUCAGCAUUUACUUUCUUUGGACACUUCUACCAAGGAAUUGGUCCCUUCUGAGGAUGAAAGCAACAUUAAUGUAGAGAAUCAGAGAACUGGCACAAGAACAGAUGUCAAAGAAUAUUUUGAGAAAAAUUCCACAGAUACCAGUGAUAGCUCUUUGCCUACGUUGAGUAGUUUGAGACUGACAAGAGGUGGGCUUUCGGAGCCUGAGCCAGCCUUUGGAGUAUCGAUGUCCAAUGACAACAUAAUUCAGAAGUCACUUACUACAAAUAUACUUGUGGAACAACCAGAGCAAAUUCAAAGUGAGUCUACAACCCUGAGAGGUACUGCAGAAAUGCAGAAGGUGGAACUAGAACAGGUCAGACCAGCUGCAGGUGAUUCUCCAAUUUUUCAUGACUUUGCAACUCAAAGUAUGGAACUUAACAAGAAAGCAGACAAAAUUGAGAGAUACAUACCUUACAGAAUAGAAAAAGAGAUGAGAGAUGCUCAUGGAAAAUCAGAAGAAUUAAGAACUACAUCACCAACACCUGAAAAAUCUUGCCUUGGACUAGAGGAUUAUCCAAAUCAGAGUUCUGUGGAUGGACUUCCUGAGCAAAAUCCUUAUCUUUCUGAGCACAACACGUGCACAAUUAACUUUCCUCAGAAUAAAGCUUGUGCUCAGAAUGAUCAACAGCAAUGGAUAAGCAGAACAGAAGAGACUUCAGUAGUGAGCAAUGAUCAUAGAUGUCCAGAGGAGGAACACACAUUCAUUUUAACGUUGGUGGAAAUCCCAGCUGAUUCAAAAGAGUUUGAUGCAUCUGUUUUGCUGGAACAAACUUCAGAACCAUUACUGCCAGCCCCAAUACUUAUCAGCCCAAUAAAUCCAAGGAAAACAAGUGUGACUGAAGCAGAGAGUAUUGGAUCUUCGACAACUCAUGAAUUUACUGCACCUUUAAACAGCAGUAUGGAAACUGAACAACUAGAGAGUGCAUCAGUAGAGCCUGUCCCAAAUUUACAGACAACUCAGAAAAGGUCAGCUGCUGACCUUGAAGAGAAUGACUUUCCUCCAGCCAAGAAAAUUCUCUCUACUGUUGUAGUGGAAGAUAACUUGGAAACCACUUAUGAGACUGACUCAAUUAAAUCCACAAAUGCUCCAGUAACUUCAGGGAAUCCUUUUCAAAAGACAGAGGCUUCAGCAAAAGAGAAAGUACCUGCCUCUGUGUUGGUGUCCAAAUCUAUGUCACCACUGGCUGACAGGAGCCACCUUGAGACUUUGGAGAACUUGGGGAUAGCACCACUUGAGAAUUCAUCAUCCAGAGAAAAAGAGGAAGUGGUGUCUAGAUUGUCUUCUAACAGAAAAGCAGAAAUAAAUGAACAAGGGAAGCAGGUGGAAGUGCAUGAAUCUGGACAGGUGGAACAUACUGGAAGCCUAGCAUCAUCUUCAAAAACUCCAUUAGUCAGGCGUGGACGAAAACCAUUGGGAUUUUUAUCUUUAAUUUGCACAAAAAGUGGUUCUGAGACCGCGGAAAAUUCCAAAAGGAAUAGAGGGAAGAUCCCAAAACCUCGGCUUGUGACUCCAAAGCGAAACCUAAAAAACCACACUCCAUCUCCUAAGGAUGACGGGGAAUCUUGUUCUCUUCCCUCUACAAGCACAUCCUCAUCUGUGGAGUAUGAGAAUAUAGCUGCUGAUGCUGCAGUUAUGGUUCCAAGUAACGAGCCACCUGAGAAGCCACCCCUUUGUGCUAAAGAUCAAGAGAAGGAGGAAGAACCAACCAGAAUCUCUGAGUAUUUUUUCAGUGACAUCUUUAUGGAAGUGGAUGAUUCAGAAUAGUAAGUCAGCUUUAUAAAAACCUAGGAUCUGAGAGUGUAAUGCAGCAAGAAAAGAGUAUUUUUUUGAAGUUCUUAUGUCGAUUAUGCCACACUUAAUGUCAGCUAAGCUGUUUUUAAUUCCAUAAAGAUGAAAUGUAUUUCUUCUGAAGCAACCUGGAUACUUUUAAAAUGUUGAUAUAAUCUAAAACGUCUACAUUGAUGUCAUUGUACCAGAGCAGCACCUGCUAGCUUGUAGUUUCACUUUAGAUGCUGAUAAUGGAUGCAAUGUGCAAUGAAAAAAUGCUUAAUUUUUGUGACAAGUAUCCUUUUGAAUUUUAAUGCUAAAGCUUGUGGUACUGGCUGUGCAAGUUCUUCUUUUUGUGAAGUAUGUUAGUGUGUUAGAAGGAGGAAUGAACUUUUUAUCUAUAGGGUAAUCUCUGUAGAUAAAGAUGCAAAUACUGGAAGUAGCGUA